CUGCAACAUCCCCACUCCCAGUUUGUAGAGCUGCAUUGUAACUGACAGCAUCCAAGAAAGAAGUUCAGCCAGUCAGGAAAACCACCUGGAUUCCUGCAACAGAAGCACAGGCUCCCUACUGCAUCUGUCUUUUGGACUCAACUCCUGAGCUCAUUCACUCACUCUGCGGGUCAUUUACACCAGAGAGUGAUAAGGAUGGAGCAGCACUUACACUGCUUUCUGCUCCUUUUCUUCACUGGGAUGGUUCUGUCUCUUCCUUCAACUUCCCACAGGAGCAGAGUGAGACGUCAAAAUAUGAAAGUUCGUAUCAGCGCCAAAGGAGACACAAUCGUGAUGAAGUUUCUCCGCCCAAACACUGACACCAAGCUUGAGGGCUACAUCCUGGGCUAUGGCAGCAGCAUGUUCUCCAAGCAGUUUAUUCAACUGCCAGAAAACGGACAGCCAUAUGAGACUGAGUUCGAUGCUGAACCCAAGUACCUCAUUGCAGUCCAGCCGAUCCAAGCCAACGAGGUGAAAAAGCAAUGCAAAGGUAAAGUGGAAAUUGAAAAGCCUUUGCAUUUGGUCAUUGGGUCAGUGACGCCCACCUCGGUUCUUCUGUCCUGGGGGACGCUGUUAAAAACCCCCUAUGAGGGGAACAUCAUGAAUGACUGUUUAGAAGAUGGACAUUACACGGUUCGCUACCGUGAGAAGCACAGGAAGUGGAACUACCAGACCUGCCCGACAAGUAAUACAGUCAUUGACAAUCUGAAGCCACAUACUGUCUAUGAAUUUGGUGUUCAGCCUAACUCCAAAGAUGGCUCCGGGGUGUGGAGUAAACCCGUAGCUUACAACAUCAGCACUACAGGUCACCAGGAAAAGGUCAUCAGAAGAAUCUCAAAGUAUCCAAGCCCCAUGAAAAUCUCGACUCCAGCCACUCCGUUAUUCCAGUUUCCUCCUCAGCAUGCCUUUAAAAACAGGACACGGGGCAGACAGUUCACCUCAAGAAUCAAAAUCCAACAAGCAACUCCUGCUCCUACAACAGCAGCUAAGCAGGAAAGUCUGUCAACACCUGGAUCCAAACUGUCCGCAACCAACAAGCAGACUAUCGUCACACACAACCCAAGAGGAGAAGAAUUCUCCAGACCUGUUUUUCCUCCUUUCUCAGAGGUACCUCUACCUCCCAAGGUCAACUCUGAAGUACUGUUUGGAGUCACCAUUGCAUCUCUGCCAGAAUAUCAAGGCAAACUGGAAAAUCAUGGCAACCAUCCAAAGCACACCCCCUACCCUGAAGUUGAAGCACAGCCCCCACAUUCAACGCCCAAACCUAUCCAGCCUCCACUGAAACCAACUGAUAAAAGUGUACAGCAGCUACAAACAACAUCACAGCCUAACCUCCAAGCCAAACCAGAACCUCAAGUAUUAUCCCAGCCUGUACUGCAGACUGACCCACUUUCACAUCCAAAACAGCCAGAUUUCCCAUCAGUUUCUUGGACAACACCGCUUUACUCUGAACCAAAGCUUCCCACAUCAACCCAGACCAAACACCAGAACCAGAGGCUUACACAACUGAAACCAAAGAGCCAGAGCAGACUGCAAACACCAACUAUAGCAGCUCCUCUGCCCCUCCCUGUAACACAUGGUCAAACCAAGCAGUCUAGACAUCAGUACACAGAUCAUGAAGAACAGUUACAGUCAAAGAUAAACCCUCAACCCUCAUUUAGGCCAGAAACUACCUUUUUGGGAAAUCCACAAAAUCAAUCGCCAACAACACCACAAAUACAACCUCAGUUAAUCCAGCCAACACAAAAACCAAACAUAACAUUUCACCAGUCCAAGUCUUCCACCCAACUUCAACCCAGGAAUGUGGCAAGAACGGAUAAAAAAAACACAAACAGGCUCCGCUUUAAGAACCAAUAUGGUCUUGCAAAUCAACAGUCUCACCCUCAGCCACAGUUUCCACAAAAGCACCCAUUUCAACCCAGAGGUCUGCCUAAGGAACAUCAACCACGGGUCAACUCUCAGACCAGGACCAGGUCUGACCCCUCCAAGGGUUCUCCAAGGAAGACUUUUAAUAGGGCUCCUAGUCAUCCAGAAGAGGCCAGACCUCUACCAAGACCCGGCCCAGCCACAGACAAGGCUGGUAGUUACAAUAUUGGUUCUGGCACCAUCAAAUCAUCCACUGCUCAAGUUUCCCGUUCUCCCAUUAGCUCAUCAAAUCCCGCAGGAAGAAGGAAUGCCACGAUGACUCGCACCCGGGUUCCUUCUCAUUCCAGCAAUCCUGGUGUCAGACCACUCUCUCCAUCCAAGACAGACACCGCCUCCUAUCAUACGUCCCACACACCUGGUGCCAAUGGGGCACAAAAAAGGGGCAAUGCUCUCCCUAAACCUGGCGCUAUGUCAAGAGAAAAAAAUGUUCAGCGACCCCCUGUUCCUGGCAACAAGACACCAAACCUGGUGGGGAAAACGAGUGAUCAUGAUAAACCAAUGGAUCUAAAACAAGAAGACACAGAGUCCACCUUAAAGUCAUUCCACCCAGUCACACCCAAACCAAAGCUUAAACACAGGCUGCAGUCAACCACAGAGGCCCCAGCAGUUAACAGCAGUCGUUAUGAUCUACAUGAAAACUCCUCCAUCUUCAGCUCCCUGCCUGCAUCAGAGGUGGACAUCAUGGGAAAGAAACGUUUUAUAGCUCCUCAUGUCAUCUACAAGACGGAUAAGAAGCCAGACGAACCAUGCUCCAUCACCUCCUCCCUGGCUUACUUCCCUGAUGAGGAAAGCAGUGAUGUGAAUGUGACUGGUCCUCCUCGCAUGGCACCAUCCAACCUCACUGUGGUUACUGUGGAGGGCUGCCCGUCCUUCGUUAUUCUGGACUGGGAGAAAACUGAUAAUGAAACCAGAGAAUAUGAGGUGGUGUCAACAACCACAGGACCAAACGGUCAGAAGGUUUCCAUCCUGACUACCAACCAGACACACACAGCGGUGGAGAAUCUCACACCGGACAGCAGUUAUGAAUUCAAAGUUACACCGAAAAAUGAGCUUGGAGCAGGACCAUCCAGUGAGCCUGUCACUUUCAACACAGAAUCAGCGGAUCCUCGUGUUAGCGAACAGGCCACAGGAAAAGAUGCCAUCUGGACUCAGUUCCCAUUUAAAGCCGAUUCCUAUUCUGAAUGUAACGGAAAGCAGUUCAUAAAGAGGACUUGGUACAGAAAAUUUGUGGGAAUCCAGCUCUGUAACUCCUUGAGAUACAAGAUCUACCUGAGUGAAUCCCUCAAUGGGAAGUUUUACAACAUCGGGGAUCAGACAGGGUUUGGUGAAGACCACUGUCAGUUUGUUGACUCCUUCCUGGAUGGUCGGACUGGAACCCAAAUGAUGGCUGACCAGCUACCAAGCAGGCAAGGGUUCUUCAGAGCAUUGAGACAGGAACCGGUCAGCUUUGGAGACAUUGGAGGAAAGUCUCACGUCACGUACGUCGGCUGGUAUGAGUGUGGCACCCCCAUACCUGGAAAGUGGUAGAUAUGCCAAACGUUUCCCCUGGAUGAUGAAUUUAUCUGCCGUAAGAAGAAUGAUGAGAUACCUGCUCGGGCAUGAUGGGAACGAACCCAUCUUGUUGGACCGCUACAUGUGUUUGAUUUUCCCCUGCAACUUUUCAGGUGUGAACAUUCUGAGGAGCAUUGGGUCUCUAAAAACCCAACAACAUUUGUCUAUUUAUGAAAGAAAAAAGAAUUUCACCGUGGAUGACAGUAGGUCCAGA